GCUGUCCCAGGGGAGGGAGUCAGAGCUAGAACACCAAUUACCAACCACAGGCUUCCUGCUGUAGGGAGCUGAUCCAGAAUUGUCGUUCUGGAAAGGAAGCACUGAAUCCUUCCUUCUUCUGAACUUCCCAAGUCCAUCCAUGAUUCAGAGAUACCGCCUUCUCCCUCUGGGAUUUUCUGUGUUUCUGGUAGUGAAUUGUUGUAUUUACUGCUUCGUUGUCUUUCAAGAGCUGAUCAUUUAAUAUUCUUUACCGAGGCGGGGGGACUUUUGUUAGAUUUCAGAGAUGAUUUUGGAUCUUCUUGAAGCAUUUCCAGAGUUCUUGAGGACAGUAGCUCUCGUCCUGGAAUAAGUUUCUACCUUUGAUCUGCGUGGAUUGCUUUUUCGGGCUUCCGAGUUUCUCCGCACCUACCUGUAGUGCGGGCGGGCACUUGGGCUGACUGCAGAGCGGAGCUGGAAGAGAGCCGCUCUGGGUUAAGCAGCUCAGAUCUUUUCAAAGCAGGAUUUAUAAAAGCAUAAUUGAAUUUGUUUCACCCCCGUGGAUUCCAGUGGGCCCGACAGCGCAACAGGGGCCAUCUCUUCAUGUUCUGAGCCGGAGCUCUUCACUGGCACCUGUGAUGCCCUGCCUUGGCUGUCCCCUGGGUUUCUGUUCACCAACAUUGGGUUUAGUGCCUCAGAAAGCCGAUACAUAUGGAAGACCAUCAGCAAGUGAUCUGACAACCAAUUCAUGCUGGAUCUAAAGCACCUUUGGAAAGUUCAGCGGGCAGUGGUGGUGUUUCUGUAUCCGGAGACAAUGGGAGACAGUGAUAUACCGGCCCCAGAAGUGGGCUGAAGAAUACCCUCUUUUCCUCUCCCAGUCCGGAAUGCUAUCUGUGCUUGGGACCACACUGUAGAAAAAGGAAGGACCAGGAUUCUGACUCGGCUUUCUGAAACUGAAGCGCAUCUUUCCCCCUCCAUUUGCCGGAUCUGAGAACCUGCCUUUGGGAUUAGCUGGUGGCAGCAGUAUGCAUGGCCGAGGAGCAUUGAUGCAGCUGGUAGCAUGAGUGGUGGCCAGCAGCUGCAGCUGGCUGCCCUCUGGCCCUGGCUGCUGAUGGCUACCCUGCAUGCAGGCUUUGGACGCCCAGGACUGGUGUUGGCGGCAGCAGUGGAGUCUGAAAGAUCAGCAGAGCAGAGAGCUAUUAUCAGAGUGAUCCCCUUGAAAAUGGACCCCACAGGAAAACUGAAUCUCACUUUGGAAGGUGUGUUUGCUGGUGUUGCAGAAGUAACUCCAGCAGAGGGGAAAUUAAUGCAGUCCCACCCCCUGUACCUGUGCAACGCCAGUGACGACGACAACUUGGAGCCUGGAUUCAUCAGCAUCGUCAAGCUGGAGAGUCCUCGGCGGGCUCCCCGCCCCUGCCUGUCACUGGCCAGUAAGGCCCGAAUGGCUGGCGAGCGAGGAGCCAGUGCCGUGCUUUUCGACAUCACCGAGGAUCGCUCAGCCGCCGAGCAGCUGCAGCAGCCCCUGGGGCUGACCUGGCCAGUGGUGCUGAUCUGGGGUAAUGAUGCCGAGAAGCUGAUGGAGUUUGUGUACAAGAAUCGGAAGGCCCACGUGAGGAUUGAGCUGAAGGAGCCCCCGGCCUGGCCAGAUUAUGACGUGUGGAUCCUCCUGACUGUGGUGGGCACCAUCUUUGUUAUCAUCUUGGCUUCAGUGCUGCGCAUCCGAUGUCGGCCCCACCAUAGCAGACCGGACCCUCUUCGGCAACGGACAGCCUGGGCCAUCAGCCAGCUGGCCACCAGGCGGUACCAGGCCAGCUGUCGGCGGGCUCGAGCCGAGUGUCCAGACUCAGGGAGUACCUGCAGCUCGGCCCCCGUGUGCGCCAUCUGCCUGGAGGAGUUCUCAGAGGGGCAGGAGCUCCGGGUCAUCUCCUGCCACCACGAGUUCCAUCGCACCUGUGUGGACCCCUGGUUGCACCAGCAUCGGACUUGCCCCCUCUGCAUGUUCAACAUCGUAGAGGGAGAUUCAUUUUCCCAGGCCCUGGGGGCCUCUCCGUCUUAUCAGGAACCAGGCAGGAGACUCCACCUCAUUCGCCAGCAUCCUGGCCAUGCCCACUAUCAUCUCCCCUCUGCCUACCUGUUGGGCCCUCCCAGGAAUUCCGUGGCCCGGCCCCCAAGACCUAGACCCUUCCCACCCUCCCAGGAGCCGAGUAUGGGCUCUCGGCAUCAGCGUCUCCCCAGGGCUGCACAUCUCCGGACACCAGCAGAACAGCGGCACCUGGCAGUGUCUCAGCACCCCUAUGCGCGGGGCUGGGGGCUGAGCCGCCUCCGAUGCACCCCUCAGCACCCCGAGGCUUGCCCAGUGGCCGUACGCCGGGCCAGGCCUCACGACAGUAGCGGGUCUGGAGAAAGCUACUGUACGGAACGCAGCGGCUACCUGGCAGAUGGGCCAGCCAGUGACUCCAGCUCGGGGCCCUGUCACGGCUCCUCCAGUGACUCGGUGGUCAACUGCACAGACAUCAGCCUGCAGGGGAUCCACGGCAGCAGCUCCACCUUCCGCAGCUCCCUGAGCAGUGACUUUGACCCCUUGGUGUACUGUAGCCCUGAAGGGGAUCUCAGAGGGAAAGGAACGCGGCAGCCUAGUGUGACCUCUCGACCCCGGUCCCUGGACUCAGUGGUGCCCACAGGGGAGACUCGGGUUUCCAGCCACGUCCACUAUCACCACCACCGCCACCACCACUAUAAAAAGCGGUUCCAGUGGCAUGGCAGGAAGCCUGGCCCAGAAACUGGGGUCCCUCAGUCCAGGCCUACUGCUUCUCAGACUCAGCUCCAGCUGGAGCCAUCUUUGGACCAGAAGUUCACCACACCCAACCCAGCAGCUCCUUCAAUGCCCCCCAACACACAGCGGCCCAGGUCCCUGACAGAGCUAGCUCCUGGCCUCGCAGAAGCUGCCGGGCCCAGCCCCAACUCCAACCCCAACAGUCUUUUGAACUUGCAGAAAUCCAGCCUCCCUGUCCGACACCCACAAAGAAAACGGCGGGGUGGCCCCUCAGAACCCUUGCCAACCUCUCGGCCCCAGGACUUGAGUGUGCACCCAGCUUGCCAGAUUUCCCCCCACUACAGCCCCAGCCUGGCAUCCCCUUGGCCUCCAGAGGCUCACCCAUUGAUCUUCAGGCCUCCAGGCCAGGCCAGGAGACUGCUACAUGAAGCCCCAGGUCCCUGUUACUCGAGUUCACAGCCGGUGUGGUUGUAUCCGCCCCCCUGCCAGCCUCUGGGACCAUGCUCUCCUGGAGAGGGGCAUUCCGAGUGGAGUUCUGACAUGCCAGAGGGCAGACCAUGCCCUUAUCCAUACUGCCAGGUGCUGCCAGCCCAGCCUGGCUCGGAGGAGGAACUUGAGGAACUGUGUGAACAGGCUGUGUGAUGUGAGACGUGCUCCAACCAACAGUAUGCUCCAGAUGACUCAGGGUUCCACCCGGCACAGGGUUCCGCUCCUGGGAGAAGCAAGGGCAUUAGCAAGCAUCUCUUUUUGCCACACUUCCCAGGACCACUGGAAGAAGAGUGGUGAUGGUGGGUGGCGGGGAGGUGCUGGUUCCUGCCCCCAGUUCUCAGUCUUGGCUGCGGAACACACCUACUGUGCAGAAAGUCUUGUGUCCAGCCAGACCUCCAGCCACUAUGCAGUUGUGAGGUGGGUCCCUAAAGGCUGAGUUCUUCAAAGGAAGUAAGGGUGAAUGUCUAGGUGUCCUCAAGGUGCUGCUCUUUCCCCAAGCCUAGAUGGGUCCCCUGCUGGGUCUCCUUUGCCCCGGGCAUCAGCUGCACACACACACCAGUGAGUUCACCUGAGUGCAUGGCCACUUCUUGUCUCCUUUCAAGGCUUCACAGGGGCAACUUCAGCUCUGUGUUUUCCUUCUUCACAAAAGAACAAGGAGGUUAGGUGAGCCCCCGUCCCCAGGGAGGUCUCUGCGCCCUCUCUAGCUGGUGCCUGCCUCGGUGGUGCUCAGGGAGGAAUGGUUCUUCCUCCCUGCUCUUAAACUGAUCUUCAGUUGCAGGCUUCAGGAGCCAGGGUGUAGACUUCGGUCCCAGAGGCGAGGACAAACCUGGGAUGAAUCUUUUGAUUAUUCAAACUCCUUGUCACUCCAGCGACUCCAGUUCCCUUGAGGUAGAGACCAGGAGCAGAGUAACUCUUCCUCAAGGCUCGCCUGUCUCUAAAUCCCAAAGCAGGCAGAAAGGAAGCCCCAGCAAACAUCUGGGCAGAGGGAGGAUGAGAUGAAGGCAGAGAGAACAAGAUUACAGCUGAGCAAGGACAGACUUCUUCUCAGAGAGGUUCUCAGAGCCAAGCUAGGGAAGAAUAACAUGUGACCUCAUGGGUUUGCAGGGCCCAGAGGCCCACCUUCCCAGUCUAAGCCAUACAAACCCACAGCCCAACAGAAGGUGUGCACAUGGAAUUGGAGCCAAAAGUUGGCCUGGGCAGCUUGUACCAAGUGGGCAAGGGCUGAGGGGCCUCCUGUAGCUCUUCAUCCCAGGGCAUCCUGACCAUGGUUAGCCCCUCAGGCAUUAUCCUUGCCUGGAAUGUGAAUGUGGGGGCAAAAUGGACACCGGAUCCUACUAGGGAACCUUUUCUCCUCAAAGUCAGUGAGGAGACUGGCACCCAGGCACCCACAUGGGUAUUUAUAUCUGAACCAGACAGAAAGAUGCUUGAAUCAGGCACUAUGUUGAGAAAUGUAUUUAUUUGCUAAUAUAUUUAUCCAUAAAUAUGA